CUCCUUUUCGACCAGUCACUCACUCUGGCAGUCCAUUCAGUCAGUCAGUCAGUCAGUCGGUGUUUUGAUUGUCAUUCGCGCGGGCAAGCUGUCUGUCGGGUGCUGUUUCGUUUUGUACUUCGUCAUCGUUGUCGUCGUUAUCGUCGUUGCCGUAAGUGAGAAGUUUAGGGAAAAGAAGCGAGUAUUUUGAAAAAAAAAGUGAGACAGAUUGUUCGUCUGUUGGAUGGUAAUGAUUUCUAUUAACAGUCGAGACAUUGUGACGUUUUAUGUGAUCGUCAAAAGAAAUUAAUUACAGUGUAUUAGAAGGAUUUUACGGUUGACACUUGGUGACACGAAACGUGUUGCCAGUUUAGUUACAAUUCGAAAUCGUUGUUUUGUUUUUUUUGUUAGCAACACUACUUGAAGUGGUAAUGUUAGGCAAAGUGGAACUGUGAUUAUUAGUUCUGAGUAUAGGUUCGUGAUUCAGUACUCGUUCGAAGGAGAAAGGCCUAGAAAAAAAAAUCAUUCAAAAUUCCGCCACUAGCGAUAAUGUCAUCCGCAACGCACGAGGAGGAGGACCAGGAUCACGAUCAGGAGAUCAAUGUGGACGCGGACUCGGACUCGCAUUCGAGAAUGUCGUACAAUAGCGGUGGUUCCGAGGAUAUCGAUCUGGAUGGAAACGGGAGCUCGUGUUACGACGAGUCGGACAUUACUAGCGAUCACCAGACCCGCUCGGAACACACGACCACGCCGACGAUUCGAUCGCCGCACGAGAAUCUGACCUUCAGCAUAUCGCGGCUACUGUCGAAGCCGUACGAAAAAGCCAACCACCACCACCACGACGACCAUCACAAGGACCGGGAUCAGCUGUCACCGGAUGGGGGCAACGACAGUCACAAGACCGAACAUCACAUCACGGCCAGCGGGCUGCACUACACGGCCGGAGCCCUGUACAGCUAUCCGAUCUAUCCGGGUGCGGCGGGUCACGUACUGCGGGUUCCGCCCCAGCGGGGACCGUGCAAUCCACUGACCUGGUCACUGCCCCCGUUACAUCCGGCCGCACUGGCCCACCAGGCCGUCAAGGAUCGACUAGCCGCGUUCCCCAUUGCCCGCCGGAUCGGUCAUCCGUAUCAGAACCGAACGCCACCGAAGCGGAAAAAGCCCCGUACCUCCUUCACCCGGAUCCAGGUGGCCGAACUGGAGAAGCGGUUUCACAAGCAAAAGUAUCUGGCAUCCGCCGAGCGGGCUGCGCUGGCCCGCGGUUUGAAAAUGACCGACGCCCAGGUGAAAACGUGGUUCCAGAACCGGCGAACUAAGUGGAGACGCCAAACGGCGGAAGAACGCGAAGCGGAACGGCAAGCGGCGAACCGGUUGAUGCUUUCGCUGCAGGCGGAAGCCCUGAGCAAGGGUUUCGGACAGCCAGCACCGACGGCGGGACCACCGGCCAGUGCCCCGGGAGCGCCCCUCGCCGCACUGCACGGUCUGCAGCCGUGGGCCGAAGCGCACACCGCCGGUUGCUGAAACGGCGAGAUUAACGUGUAGUUUUCUAGCACCUAGCAAAACAGCAAAGUAUUAGCAAUUUAUUACUAGUAAUUGACAAUUUCUUUGUGAUACAUUUAUAGGGACCAGAUGGCACCAUCUGGGCGUAGUUUGUUAUCCGGGAGUAGCGGCGAACUUUGUAAAUAUAGACAAUGUAAAAAUAAAAAGGCUAGGAGACUAGGCAGAACAUUAUUUUACUAUGUAAGAUAUCAUCUUUCUAACUUGGUUGGUUUGUAGAUCGAACGAAAUAGAGUUGAAGCACGUACUUUUGCAAUUUAGUUCCGUUCGGAAUUUGACUAUCCGUAACUUGUACAGUAAGAGCUCAAAUUCAUCAACACAUCUUUACAUACAUCAGUAUUUCAUUUUCUUAUUUUAUGAAAUCAAUCAUACGAAUCAGAUAUUUUCCCAGCAAAAGAUCAAUAGUAAUAGAAAACAAAAACCACAAAAAAUCUAGCUUUACGUAAUGAAACCUGUAAAUUAACACGAUCAAGCGAAGGUGACAAUUUUCUUCCUCCACACUAAUAAUUAAAAAAAAACACGUGCCGUGAAUCAACCGGCAACACUCGUAAAUUAAGGCAUUAACAGUGAACCUAACACUCACUCAACUUUAGCAAUUGAUCCACAAUGCAUUUAAAAUACCCCGGACACAAUCAGCGUAUGUAAAUAGAAUGCUGCGGCUUAGCCUUUCCGAUCGAUCGACGUGAUGAUGAUGCAAUGUGGCAGAGCGAGAAGUAGCAAUUAAUAAAGGAAAGGCUAUCCUUUUUUCUUUCUUCUGAUACUACGUUGAUACUUAAGUGAGCGAAAGGAAAGGUCCCAAAAAAAAGAAC